AUGGAGAUAAUUCAAGAGGUAGAAGCUGGAGCACCUCCCCAAGACUGUUGGAAUCUCGUCACAUUCCCUGGAAAAUGUGAUUUUCACGGGAAGAAGAAAUGCUUCAAAGAAAUGGAAUCAAAGUAUCAACAACGUUUUCUUCAGUGCACAUGUAAAAACUUAAAAGAGGAACCCAAAUCACCAAAGGACCAACAUGACUGCAUUUGUCAAAGAGCUAAUCCUUAUGAUUGUAAUUCCUAAUCUUAAUUUUUUUAGA